GUGACACUCGCUCUACUUGCGCAAUUUCAUCAUCUAAAGUUCAAGGCAGCAGCAGAACAGCAGAAGAGCCGGCGCUCACCUUUGCCGUUUCCAUCAUUGCAGAGAACAAACAGCUGGACUGCAAACACCAGCGCUUGUCCACCACAAGUCGAAAGGCGCGUCAUCACUAGUGCACGUUGAAGAUGGGCGAGUGGGGCUUUUUGGCGUCCCUGCUGGACAAAGUGCAGUCGCACUCCACCGUCAUCGGGAAGGUGUGGCUCAGCGUUCUCUUCGUCUUCCGGAUCAUGAUCCUGGGAGCUGGCGCCGAGAAGGUGUGGGGCGACGAGCAGUCCAAGAUGAUCUGCAACACCAAGCAGCCGGGCUGCAAGAACGUGUGCUACGACCACACCUUCCCCAUCUCCCACAUCCGCUUCUGGGUGCUCCAGAUCAUCUUCGUGUCCACGCCCACGCUCAUCUACCUGGGCCACGUCAUGCACAUCAUCCACAAGGAGAACAAGCUGAGGGAGGAGAUGAGGAGCCCCGGCGGCAGCCCCGGCAAACUCCCCAAGUACUCUGACGAGAAGGGUCAGGUGAAGAUCAAGGGUGACCUGCUGGGGAACUACAUGACCUCCAUCUUCUUCCGCAUCGUGCUGGAGAUGGCAUUCAUUGUGGGCCAGUACUACCUGUACGGCUUCGUCAUGGACCCCAGGAUCGUGUGCUCGCGGGCGCCGUGCCCCUUCACCGUUGAGUGCUACAUGUCGCGGCCCACCGAGAAGACCAUCUUCAUCAUCUUCAUGCUGGUCAUGUCCUGCGUCUCCGUGCUGCUCAACGUGCUGGAGAUCUUCUACCUGGCGUGUUCGCGCAGCGCCAGGCGCAAGGCCAAAAUGGGCGCCCUCUCCCUCGCCCCCCUGAACGGCGAGCGUUACACGAAAGCUUGAAGACGACCGAAGAACUUUGAUGAACUUUGACUUUUCAAAUAUUUUUGACUUCUAUAAAUCUUUUGACUUUUAUAAAGAUGCUUUCACUUUGUCCGUCACAAUUAUGGUAUUAAAGGAACAUAAAAAUAUGAACAAUGCCAAUGACACAAUCAGACUGUGAAUUUAAAUCUGCUAUUUAUUUCAGCCUAACACAAUCUUGUGAUAAGAAAUCAUGAGCCGAUAAUGACUCCAGUGGCGCCCCUAGUGACGAAAAUGUGUAACUGUUGUAACUCCCUGCCACAUAUCGCCCCCUACUGGUGGAAAUGUAUACCUUUUAGAAUGACCUUUCCCGUUGUUUUCAAUUGAAUGUAUAUGAAAGCAUAUGUUUAUGACCUUUUAAUUACAUUUUUUAUGACGA